UAAAUUAUAUAGCAAAUAAUAAAUAUAUUGUUAAAUUUAUUUAUAUAAAUUUAAUAGUUUAAAACAUAAAAAUUAUAUCUAUUUUAUUAAUUAUAUUGUAGACAAAAAAAAGAGAGAAAAAAAAGAAAAAAAAAUGAUUUAAUUCUAUUAGAUUAAAAUUAUAUAUCAAGCAUAUUAUUGAAUAAUUGAAACAUAAUAAUUUUUAUUAAAUAGAAUAUUAUAUUGCUAUUUUUAAUAAUUACAGUGAUUGUGCGAUUUUUUUGGUAGAUUUUUUAGUUUAAUUUAUAUACUAUCAGAUUAUAUUAUCAGUUAUUUGUAAAAAUAGAUUUUCCAAGAAUUGGCAUUUAUCACUUGAGUUAAAAAUGAUAUUCACAAUAAAUAGAGUAAAAUAAAAAAAAAAGAUAAUGUCAAUGUUGCUUCCAUAAAAGAAUUUCAGGAAAUGAUGAUAUAAAUCUAAUAAGCAAAAUAAAAUUCUAUCAAUUAAUUACAUUAAUAUAUAAUUUAAUAUACAUUACUAAUAAGUAUAUCAUAUUAAUUAAUUAAAAAUUAAAAUUAAAAAAAUAUUAAUAUAAAUACUUAAAUAAAUAAAAUUUUAUAACUUUAUAUUCAUAUAUAUUUACUCUUAUAUAUAGUAAUUAUUCAAUUCAAUUUUACACGAGUUAUUUUAUGCUAAAUAUAAUUUUUUAAAUUAUAUUUUAAAUUAUAUAUAAUUAGAUUAUAUAUAAAUUAUAUAUAGCAAUAUUUAAUAUACAAUAUAUAAUAUGUACAAUAGUCAUACAAUACAAUCUUAAACUAAGAAAUCUAGCAUAUUGAUAAGAUAAAAUAAGAUAAGAUAUAAUUAUUUAUUAGUAUCAAUAAGUCAACAAUUGUAAUAAUUGUCAUAUAAAUUAAUUAUAGAUCAACAGUUGGUGAAUUAAAUGUGCAUUUUCUGAAGAUUUGGCAAUAGAAAUAAGAUGACUGGUAUUAUCAAGCACAGAGAUUUUGGAAAUGAUUCAAACCUCAAAACUUCAACAAAUGCACAUUUAACAUCACCACUUCUUAUAACAUCUCAUAUAUUGAAUGAUGAAGUAGAUAAUAUUGAUUAUCAUUUUGAAGCAGCAAGACUUCAAAGUUUUGAAAAUUGGCCUGUAUCAUAUAUAGAACCUGAAAAACUUGCAGCUGCUGGAUUUUAUUAUACGGGUGAAGGUGAUAAAGUUAGAUGCUUUGAAUGUCAAGUUGAGAUAUGUCAAUGGGUAGAAGGUGACAUUCCAAUGGUUGAUCAUCAGAGAUGGUCAGCAAGAUGUAGAUUUAUUCGUAAAAUAAAUUGUGGUAAUGUACCAAUUGGAGUAGAUCCUAACACUAUCAUCCCACCAAGACCAAGAAGUAGAGAUGUAUGUGGUCCUUAUGGCUUAGAAUAUCGACUUACAUCUGGUCCUGAUAAUCAUAAUUUUUCAACUGAAUUACAAUUACCAAGCACUGCUAAACUUAGUCGUUUAGGCUUAACAAGGCCUAAGGGACCUCUACAUCCUGAAUAUGCUAGUUAUGAUGCUAGAUUAAACACAUUUUCAACAUGGCCAAAAUCUAUGCCACAAACAAAAGAACAAUUAGCAGAUGCGGGUUUUUAUUAUACAGGAAAAGGUGAUCAAACUAUAUGUUAUCAUUGUGGAUGUGGUUUAAAAGAUUGGGAACCAGAAGAUAAUCCUUGGGAACAACAUGCAAAGUGGUUUUCUAAGUGCUAUUAUUUAUUAACAGUUAAAGGACAAGAUUAUGUGAAUAAAAUAACAGGCCAACAUGUAUCUCCACCUUCAAAAGAAGAAACAAUACAAAUGAAUUUACCUAGUUAUAUUACAAAAAUACAACCUGCAAAUAUAGAAACAGAAAGGAAAGAAGGCACAGAUAGCAAUCCAGGAUCAAGUUCUCAAGAUAGUGGUAUAGAAAAUAUUGCAAGUAAUACAGAAUCUGUAAAAGAAAAUGCAGAAAAUUUAUCAAAUACAAAAAUACAAAAUAGUAAACCUACAGAUGAUGCAAGAAUGUGUAAAAUUUGUUAUAAUGGAGAAUUAGGAGUAGUAUUUUUACCAUGUGGACAUAUGGUUGCGUGUGUAAAAUGUGCUCCUGGUAUGAUAUCCUGUGCAGUAUGCAGAGAACCUGUUACAAUGACUGUACGAGCUUUUUUCUCAUAGUAUUCCAUAUAUAUCAAUAGUAUUCUAAUAAUUAUAGACAAAAAUUCAUUGCAUAUGUAGCUAAUAUUCAUGGUGAUUUUUUGCAUUUUACAUUUAAUUAUUCUUGACAAAUCAAUAUUUUAAUAUUAAAGACUUAUAAUCCGUCCAACGAAUCGAUUCAGUAUUGAUAAAUAAAAUAUUUAAAUAUAAAACAUAUGAUAACUUUAAUUGAUUGCAUUCUAGUAUUAUUGAUUGGCAAGUAUCAGACAACUAUUGAUAUUUAUAAAAAAUCUUAUAUCAAAAUAAAAAAUUAUUGUUUAAGAUUUA